AUGUCACCGACUUCGAACAGCCCGUCACUGGAUGACCUGUUCGAAGCAAACCGACUCAAUCUUACCGUCAAUCCGCUCGACAUGUUCCGACCGACGGCGCGCCGUGUCGCCACCUCGUCAUACAAGCCGUUGUUCCCAGACUGGGACCAGACCUUGUCACCCGAACAAAUCGAUCCCCGCGUUCCGCGCGAUUAUACUGUCAAUACUUUCUUCAAAAGCCCGGCCGAGGUUGGGCUGACCCGGGCCAUCAAUCGCGAUCUAGAGGGUGGCAAGGACUCUUCCUUAUCUCCCACCGCGACUGCAUUCAGCCUUUCGGAAUGGAUUGAAGCAGAUCCGUUCGACGAUGCCAAUGCAAUUCCAAGUGAGUCUCCUAUCCCCAGACAAGAGCCUGGCCUUGGCCCUGAGUCUGUCUUCGACAGCGAGUCUGUCCUCCGGGAUCUUGCUACGUUUGAUCCCGACUUCUUUUUUGAGGCACCAUCCAACGUGGUAUCGCUUGACUCACCGGCAGCCGACUCUCUCGUUGGUAAUGGCAAUGUCCAUCCUUUGCUACAUCCAAGUGGCCCGGGAGCAUUCAGCCCGCAUGGUAACCCCUUCCUUGAUCCUCCCCCAACCUAUCAAUGCCCACAGCAAAUCUCCACUCAUCAGCAGUUCAUCCCUCGUUCGGUCGACGACAAUCGAGCGUCUCACGGCUACACAGACCCUCCUUUGUCUACAGGCAGAAGUGCUGAGCAAUCCUGCGUCCACGGAGCCUAUCACCCUGCCCGGGCAGAGACGGAACGGCGGGAAGCCCGUCUCCUUCGUCGAUCCCAACUUUUCGCAGGACUCCCUAGACUGAUUGUGCCGCAGAGCCCACCCCAAACUUUUGUCCCAAAUCGACCGAGACAAUAUCAACCGCUACCACCCCCUCCACCCCCUCCUCGAAGAUCUCGACACUUUGCCCCUGUGCCUCCUCCAUUACCCCCGGUCGUGAACCCUCGCCCCAUACUUCCACAGCACCUGAACUCUGUCCCUCUUGCCAAUCCCUGGCGCAUUGGCUAUCGAAACCCGUGGUUCAACCAACCAGAUGUAGCAUGGUAUCAAGCCACCGACCCUGUCACCAGGAAAGUUGUGGGCUAUUGCCUUCGUUACCAACGACCAGUACCUUCCAAUCUCGAAUCAGCCGCUGUCCCUCGUCCCACGACUCUGACGCAGCCGCGCCCUUGGGCACCCAGUGGCCGGACCCUGCUUGCUGCGGAGCCGGCACUUCCAUCGGCGGUCCCGAAUCGAAGAAGAGCGGCCGAGGAAGAGGCUGACGGUCAUCGCAAUAAAGUUGUCAUCGUGCAGGGUGUCCCAUACCGGAGAGUCGACUGA